AUGGUCCCAAACAUCGAUGGGAAUGCGAAGUGUUCCCACCACCGUGGUGACCUUUCACCCAUAGCGUCGGAGCAGCCUUCCCGCACGAUGGCAUGGAUACCGCAGCCCGACGCGUCCGAGAUCCCCCCUCGGCCUCCACUGACUUCGCAGCAGUCGAACUCCCUCCCAUCGACACCCUACCAGCAUGCGCGCAACCUCUCUUUCCACUCCCGGUCGCCCUCCCCCGUCCGGGGAAGCACGUCGCCUCGUUCCACACACUCCGAGUCCACGCACCUGCCUCCUUCAGCUCGGAAACCGCUCGGGGGGUGUAAAUAUGAAACAGCCAUGGCAUAUUUUCGAAGACGAAUACCAUAUAGUCUUGGGGCGGAUAUACUCCCGGAGGAAAAAGAUGAAUUGAAAGAGAAACUCGACCCGGAGGAGGAGCGCAAGUUGACGGCGGACAUUAUGGAGCUCUACGAUCGGCUAUUACCCUCCGCUGAGAGUGAUGAUCGACGACGGCAAUUGGUUCGGAAAUUGGAGAAGCUGUUUAAUGAGCAAUGGCCUGGGCACGAAAUCAAGGCGAAUGUCUUUGGUUCGUCGGGGAAUAAGCUCUGCUCCAGUGACUCGGACGUGGACAUCUGCAUCACGACGAGUUUCAAGGAUCUGGAACAUGUGUGCCUGCUGGCAGAAGUUUUGGCAAAGCAUGGAAUGGAACGAGUUGUCUGUGUCUCCCAUGCCAAAGUCCCGAUUGUGAAAAUUUGGGAUCCGGAACUGAAACUGGCGUGCGACAUGAACGUCAAUAACACCCUCGCAUUGGAAAACACUCGCAUGAUUCGGACAUAUGUCGAAGUCGAUGAACGCGUGCGACCUUUGGCCAUGACGGUUAAGCACUGGACGAAACGACGGAUUCUCAACGAUGCGGCACUAGGGGGGACACUUAGUUCCUACACUUGGAUCUGUCUGAUCAUCAACUUUUUGCAAACACGGAGUCCGCCAGUUUUGCCGAGUCUCCAGGCUCGUCCCCAUAAGAAGAGAGCCACACCAGACGGAUUAGUGUAUUCGUUCGAUGAUGAUCUCGACUCUUUGGCUGAGUUUGGUCGGAAGAAUAAGCAGACGGUUGGGCAGCUGUUAUUCGAAUUCUUUCGGUAUUAUGGUCACGAAAUCAAUUAUGAGAAAAACGUCAUUUCAGUGCGCGAGGGGAAGUUGGUCUCCAAGGAGGGCAAGGGCUGGCAUUUGUCUGUGAAUAAUCGACUGUGCGUGGAGGAGCCGUUCAACACGUCCAGGAAUUUGGGCAACACGGCUGACGACACGUCAUUCCGGGGUUUGCACAUGGAGUUGCGGAGAGCAUUUAAGUUCGCCUCAGAUGGUGAUUUGGCGGGCUGUUGCGCUCAAUUUGAGUAUCCGCCAGAGGAGGAGCGGACGUGGGAACGACCACCACCGCAACCAAGGCCGAUCAUCACCCCUUCUCUCCCGACGAGAGGGGGCCGGGGCGGCCGUGGUGGACGGUAUGCCAAUCAGUUUUCCAGGGGAGGCUUUGCUGGUGGCCGUCGAACAUCCAACACAGGCAACAAGGGCUCGUUCCGGCAACCCAAUGCCGCGAGCACUCCGGAGUUGUCCUUGCAGGCUCAGCAACAGGCUCAAUUUCUGUUGCAUGAUCAGCUCUAUCAGCAAAUUCAGCUUCUCCAGGCACAGGAGCAAGAGCUGCGCAUGCAGCUACACAACCAAGCAUUGAUCACAGGGCGACCGCCGCCAGUGUUCCUUCGCCAGCCUUUCAUCCAGUUUCCUAUGCCGCAGCAACAAGAAUACUCAGGUGACGAGAAUCCGAGGUCACGAUCAAGCACCGUGAACCAGCCACCUCUCACUCCAGGGCGGCAGCAAACCUUCUACCCGAGCCCUACCUAUGCUUCCGUGAGUGCUGCCGGCACACAAGGUAGCACCACAAAUCCUCCAUCCCCCUCCGCUGCUACCGCUCUCCCUGAUCUCCGCCGUAAUCCCCGACGCCCUUCAGUUGUGAACGACUCACCGAAGGCCAACCUUCGGGCGCAUUCUCAGCCAGCACGACCUCAAAAUUCGCCCUCCUUUCCGACUUUCACACCUCUUUAUACGAUCCCGCAACCUUUGGACACCUCGUUGAGCUCUAAACAGCGACUGGCUCCUGAGCCAUCAGAAGGCGGCGAGGGCAGCGGAGAUGAGCAUGUAAUGCCAUCCAACAGCCUCCCCAGCAAUGGCUCUCGCUCCGAUUCCGUGGACGAAUCCACCGGGGCCCAGGAUAUAAUGGGCUACUAUAUAACCCCGCAGCAGCUGCAAGUCUAUCAGCAGACCUCAAUGCUGUCCCCAACGUCUUCCACGCCCAUGGGUCUUGCACUGCCAAAUGGCUAUGCAUCUUUUCUCCCUGUGCAGCAGGACUAUCGGCCCGGCCAGCUCUCGCCGGAAGGGUUGAAUUCGCGGUCUGAACAAACGCCCACCCCUGCGUCUAGGGCUUCGGUGUCGGGACCGCAGCGCCCGGCUUCGCGGCCACCGCCGGCUAUGGAUCGGGGUCCUUUGAUCGUGGAUGGUUCGGUACCGCCGAGUGAGCAUCGCCAGUCGUAUACGACGGAUCUUAUCGAUCCGUAUACUGCUGUCACGCAUUACACGUCGACCUCGGAUGACCACAACAUCAACACGCCUGCCAGCUUCUCUGAUUCUCUGUCCCAGGAUUUCCAGGAACCCGGUCCGUUCGAAUUAGAGCAGCAACCUGUCUUCACGCGACCGCCGUUCGAAGCGCACAAGACGAGCAACGCCAACAGUGGCGAAGCGGUUCCAGAAAAGACGAAUGGACAGCUGGAACUCCUUGCCAGCCGUCUGCAAAACUACCAUUUGUCAAAUGCUGAGAAGCUGACCCAGUCGCAAUCCUUGUUGAAGUCGAACUCGGAUCGACAUAAGAACGGCUCGGCUCAGCAGGGGUCAGGCAAAGACGCAGGGCAAUUGAAGAACUCAGCGCCACCGGGGGGUAAGGCUUCUCCCGGGGCGCAUCAGACUAACGAGGCUCGUCAACAUACUUCAAAUUCGAAGCGCGGGCGGCCGAAUGGGGUUGAUUUGUCGGAGAAGGUCAAUGGUGUCAACCACGGUCAUAGCAAUGGCCACGGGCAUAAGCCUAAGCCGAAGAGCCGGCAAGAUGCGACGCAUAAUUCAUCCCAUCCCCACGGUGAUAGCAAAGACAGAAUCGGCGAUCAUCCUCCCCGGAAAUCGGGCGGCCCCUUGAAUGGCACCACUGAUACCAAUCAUAGCGGAUGGCAGACCACUGGAAAGAAGAAGCACCGCCGGAAUGCUAAAUCUUCUGCUGAGUCGCGCAACGGCAUCAACGGUGGACCCGAGCCCCUGCCUGCAGACGAGUCCUUGCGGAAAGGCGGCUGA